AUGAACGUAAAGCUCUUCAUCAUCCUCGGCACUCUAUCUUCCGUAAUCACGAUAGUAGCUGCAGUCGUUACCGGUGUGCUGCUUUUUUAUAGGAUCACUUACAUCCGCGAUGAGGCAAUGAGAGAAGUGGCGGAGAUAAAGGUCUACGCAGACGAUGCUUGGCGAGAAAUGCUUGCAGUGACUGCAGCACAGCAAAACUUCACAAGACUGAGGAGACAGGAGUGCCCAUGUGCAGGAAGAGAAAGCGACCUCGAUUGUCCUCCUGGCCCUCCAGGACCCCCAGGCGAGCCCGGAGUUCCUGGUUUAGAUGGAAUACCUGGAUGGAAUGGAUUUUCGGGAAUCAAAGGUACUGCCAUAAUGUCCGAGGAUCCUAGUGGUUGUGUUCAAUGCCCCGCAGGUCCUCCAGGGCCUCCAGGUCCAGAAGGAGACAUGGGCCCGCCAGGAGAAGACGGAGUAGAUGGCCCACCUGGUCCUCCCGGGCUUGACGGAAGACCUGGUUUACCUGGGGAACCAGGAGAUCCCGGCGAACCUGGUGAAGAUGGCAUGCCUGGUGAACCCGGACAACCAGGUAUCAGCGGAAGAAGAGGAAGAGGUGCUCCCGGACCACCUGGACCGCCCGGACCAGAGGGACCCAUAGGUGAACCAGGAAGGGAUGGUGAAAAUGGAAAAGACGGACGCGAAGGUCCUCCGGGAGAACCAGGAAAACCAGGAAUGGAUGGUCAACCAGGUACUGAUGGACUACCGGGGCCUCCCGGGAAUGACGGCCCACCAGGUGCUGACGCAGCAUACUGCCCGUGCCCACCGCGCAGUUCCACCUAUCUGAAGGAUAAGAUAAUGAAACUUGCUCACAUGGCCACUCUUUCUUAA